AUGGGGAGUGAACAACUCAACUUAAAAAUGUUGAUGAAGAAGUUCCUGAUGGAGGAGAAGGAGUACAUCAAACUGAUAAAUAAAGAUCAAAAGGAUAUCAUACUUUUCGAAAAGGAAAACUUUUAUAUACAUGCAAAUGUCCUCUGUGGAAUUGAAAGCAGGAAAAAGGAAAAGUACAAUGUAGGAGAUAUAUACUUAUUCCUGUGUCUACCCAAGAGUAACUACACCUUUUCAUACAUAAAUUCUGUUGGGUAUAAAUAUAUAAGCAUUCUUGAAAAAAGCAAAAUUAUUAAAAUUAUCGAAGACAAUGAAGAUAAUGACGAAAUUAAAGUAAAUAUUUUUGUGUAUGAUUUGAAGAAGAUUUUGGAUUUGCGCGACUAUGUAGAUGUAGAAGAUAAGGACCAGGGCAUACAGGUGGACCUCUUUCAUUUGGACAUCGUGGGGGAUGUGGACAGGCAUAGUGAAAAGGACCAUGAAAAGGGCUAUGUAAAGGGAAGUAGUGCACAAGGUGCUUCAAUCGGGGAGAAACAGAACGAUGGAAAGGGUGAAACAUUUAUCCCUGGCCACCGGACGAGGAAGCGAGAAGGGGGGGAAUUGCAAGAAGGGGAAGGUGCCCAAACUGGGGUUCAUACAAUGCCCUCAUAUCACGAAAAAGGCGGCAGUGAUCUCGACAAAGGCACCACCAACCAGGUUGCAAAGGAAAAUUUCGUGUCCUUUGAUAGCGUAAGAACAGUAUGUGACACCCAAAAAAUGGACAACUCGCUAAUCCUGUAUGUGACAAAGGGGAUCCCGGAAAGUAGACAUAUCCUCAGCGAAAUACAUCCGUGCGAGAGAAUGGGGGAUUAUAACUUCCUGCAGAGGGAUAUCCCCAUCCAAGUGUACGACCCGUUAAUCUAUUUCAAUUGUAAUGAAGUUAACGCCCUGGAGGAAUUUGCAAACGAUUCGAGCAGCAAUUAUGACUUCUUCAGAGUGGAGGUUACCGACCCAGAUAAUGCGAAAUACCAUGUGGGAGGGAAUUCCCCUAUCGAAAAUGCCCAAACUGGGGAAGAAGUUGCAAUAAAGGAAGACAUACAAGUGGGUAAACUCCCUGAUGGGAAGAAUAAAAUAAACAAUAAUCAAAGUUGUGAAAAGGAUGAGGAAAAUAAAAGUAACGACUAUGAAGGCACCCCUGAAAGCAGCCUGCAAAACAUGAUGAAACAUUACUUCGGAAAAGACAAUUUUUUUAAACACGUUUUUCUCCAAAAUUUGAAUUUAUAUUCUGUUUUAAAAAAUACUUAUUUUGCAAACACACAACAUGAAGCGCAAAUUGAUCAGUGCGUAAAAUUAAUUGUCCAAAAGUUCCACAGGGAUUACAUAAAAUUUAUGGAGAAUGACCAACAUAUGGCUUUGUCCAAUUGUAACGAUUUUUUGAGAAGGUACUCCAAGCAUAACUAUACAGAUAUUUAUCAGAAGGGAGAUUUGUACAAAAAUUUUGCAGACUAUGACAUGCUGGACCUCGAUUUGAGUAUUAAUGAUUACAAUGAACAGGGAAAACAUUCGACCAAUCAGGUUCACCACCAAUCCAAUGUGCAUUGCCAAAAUGGUUAUUCAGUGGAUGUGAAGGAUGAGAAAUUUUUGGUUGGCCAAUUUAUCCCCCUAGAAAUUGUUCAAAAUUUCAAUGAUCACGAUAAGAUAAUUUUCUUUCACGAUUUGCUGGCUCAGUAUGUGAAAGCUGUAGGUGACAAACAAUGCUACAAUGCAAAUAGGGCACUGAUCAACUUUGUGCAUAAUUUUAUUAAUGACUUUUCCCUUAAGGAGAAUCUUUAUUGGGGGAUGAAUGCCGAGCCAGGUUCCCCGCUACUCCCAGAGGAAUUAUUCUUAUCUGAUCCGGAAGGCUUCCCUUUAUAUUUGGUACAGGAGGAGGCGGUCACGACAGGUGGAGAUGCCAUUCCAAUGCACGGAAAAGACGACCAGAAAAAAAAAUUCCUGUUCACAGAAAACAACUGCGCAGUAGUAAGAAGCAAGCUUGAUAGGAAAAACAUCUCGAAGAUAAAAUUAUCAGAUGAGCAGGUAACAGCGAAUGAAGAAAUGACAACGUCGGUACUCCUUAAAGAAGUUAACAUGCAAGACGCGUAUGAUCAGAUAGGAAAAAACGCCAGUGACUUCAGUCGCAUAUAUAAUAUGUUCGAACGAGAGCUUUUAAGUAAAAGUAAUAUAAAAAAUGUAUACAUAAAUGGAAUCAAGAAAAAUAUUAUCAUCGAUGAUGGUCAUAUGAAAACGAGGGUGGAAAAAAAAUCGUUAAAACUUAUCGACGAAAUACACUUAACGUAUAAGAAGAGACCCAUUAUAUUGAUAGAAAAAGAGAGCAGCAACCACAUAAUUAACAGGAACAAUGUGGAAUCCUUUUUUUUGCAUAACUGCUUGGACAACUCUGGCUCCAAUCGGAAAGGGACUCAUGUCACAGGUGAUGGGGAUGACGGCGCAAAGCGGCCUUACAAUUCCAUACCCAUCAUUUACAAAAUGUUUAACAAAAAAAAAAGCAUAAAAUUUUCCUUCAUCGAAAAUGAUCAAAUUUCUAAAUUGACCGAAACGGACUGGAAGUGUGUCAUUGCAGUUAUCAUAAAAUCUAAGGAGUCGCUAAAAAACAUUUUAAAUGAAUACCCAUUCGAAAUUCCUACUGCGCUCUUCCAGCCAUUCAAAUCAUUUUUUUUUAUGUACAAUGAUGUUAUAAUACCGUCCGAUUUGUUGACAGGUGGCAAUGUCGAUAUCAUCAGACUCAGUCGGGACAAGAGGAAGGAGGAUUACCUCGCCGUUAAUAAAUUUUGGACCAACAUUGAAAAAUUCAUUUUGCAAAGACGGGACAAGUCUUGCUACACGCGGAAAAGGAAGUUAUAG